GCCCGUGGCCCAUAGGAAAGCCUUUUAUCUGGAAUUCUGGUUCCAAUUUCCAGAUUCGCACCGACCUCACUACUCGAACUCGCGAUUGAGCUAUGCUCCAAUAAACUCUCCAACUGGAAGAAAAAAGCUUGUAUUUGUAUGAACCAGAGAUAACGAAACGAAAAUGAGGGCUUCGGUUAAUCGGCCCCCAACGCCAACUCCCGAAUCAGAGGAACCGCAAGAUCCCGAGCUCACACUUCGAGAAAUCAUCAACAUCAAGAUGAAAUCUCUUUGCAGGGCAUUCGCCAAGAAGAAAGGGAGGAAUAAUGUAACGGUCGAUGAUCUUGUCCAGGUUAUUACCCCUAAAGGCAGAGCUUCUGUUCCAGACUCUGUGAAAGCUGAGUUGUUACAACGAAUUAGAUCAUUUCUUGCAUCGGCUGCUAUAUGAUCAUGAUAGCAUUGUAUCAGUGUGUGCAUUCUCUGAAUGGUAAGAGGCACGAACUCCACAACUAUCUAUCCUGUCAACUGUUGUUUAGUGUAAUAUUAUCUGUAAAGUUUGGACAAGCUUUAUAGGUUACAUCAUGUUUGAAAAAGAGAAAAGCAAAAAUGGGGGGUGGGUUUUCUGAGUUCUGUCCAGGCAUGUAAACUUCAGGUUGAGUAUUCUUGUUUCCCAAUCAAAUUGCUAGGCAUAGUUCAUGAAAAAUAUUAGAAACACUAAAUUGUAACAUCCUUAUCUACUUGUAUUCCCUCCUGAGUGCUUAGUUUGAUUGAAUUGAAUGACUCUGGAUCUUGUACUUGUUUCAA